AUGUCAGCAAGUUACGAGACGGUGCUCUUCGUAGCACGCGAGUGCUUCGUCUACCGCGUACCUCCGCGCUCUUCAACGACAGGCUACAAAGCAGGAGAAUGGGGGGACAUGGAGGCAUUCCUCUGGAAAGGCCGGUUGCGCAUCAUGGAGACGUCCGACUCCGAGACGUGUUCGAUCCGGUUGGAGGACGGCGACUCGGGCGAAUUGUUCGCUGAAUGCCCUUACGACGUUACGGGAACCUCGGUCGAACCGGUACUCGAUUCAAGUAGAUACUUUGUCCUCCGUGUCGAAUCGCAAGGCGCAGAUGGCAAGAAGAAAAAGGCCUACAUUGGUAUGGGUUUUCAAGACAGAAGCGAUAGCUUUGACUUUAACGUCGCACUUCAAGACUGGACCAAACGCCAAAAAGCAGCCGCCAAUCGAGCGGCUAACCCUUCAGCAGAUAGCGACGGCGGAGCACCCAUCGAUGAAGGACCCUCACCUCACCUCCCAACCGGGCCCAAGAAGGAUUUCUCGCUGAAGGAAGGCGAAACGUUCGCCAUCAAGCUUCCUGGCGGUGGCGGCCGCAAGAUCACUUCCUCUUCUUCUUCUUCGUCGUCCUCCUCGAGCUCGUCCUCAGGGUUUAGUGGUGCGUUUGGGAGCGGACCUCUGCUCCCUCCACCUCCGAGCAAGAAGAGGUGA